UGCUCGACCCACACCACCUAGAUAACAAAAGAGUUAACGGGCAUCGGCCCGAAAUUGAUAUAACCUACAAAAAAAUGCAAAUUUUUAUGAAGUGAUUUCGCAAACUGGCCAAAAUGACCUCAUAUGGGAAAGCGGAGACCGCCAAACUGCAACAAAAUCUGGAAAAUCAGCUGGAUCGGCUCGUCGAACAACUUGGAGAUUUAGAAAAUUGCAAACACGAUUUGGAUCCGGAGGAAUAUGAAGAAACCAAACAAGAGACGAUGGACCAAUUGAAAGAACUAAAUGACAGCUUAUCCAGGCUGGUUAAAGGUGAUAUAUCACUUGUUAGUGCUUUGGGGGCUGUACAACUUGCCACUCAAGCUGCCAUAUCACAAGCUUUCAAAACACCCGAAGUCAUCAGACUUUUUGGUAAAAGAGAACCAAAGCAAUUAAGAGAUAGGUUGUACAAUAUAGACCAAGAGUGUAAACUCAACAAACUGAGUAGUGAUGCUAGAGAUAGACAAAAGGCUGAAAUAUUAACUGCUUUAAGACAACUGGGUGAACAAUUGUCACGAGAGGAACUACAGUUUCUGGAAAGCCAUAACAAUAUUGCCAAUGCAUUUAAAAAUGUGGAAUUUGAGGAAGUGACAGAUGAAUAAAAAGCACAAUAGGAA